GACUCCGACAAUAAACAAUUCCCACAGACUACACGCUCCGCACCUCCGCUCGGUCACAGUCGCAGCAGCGGGGAGAAGAAGCAGAAGAAGCAGAAGAAAAGAAGGGGGAAAAAAACACACACAGAACCGAGGCUUUUUUUUUUCGGACUAAAUUUUGAUUUUGAAAUCCUGCCUCGCCAUUUCUUUCUUCCUUGCCGAAAGUGUCAACACAGACGCGAGCCGUUUUCAUUGGAUUUGCCUCCUCCUGUCGAAUAAGAACGAUGCUGCUCUCCGGCUGACUGUGGGGAGGACGACGCAGGUCCCCCCCCCACCCCCCCAGUCCGUGUGAGAUCUGCAAAGCUGAAAGGCGCCACCGACGAGAACCACAGCCAGGCCGUAGGACAGACAUCCCAAACAUCCACAGCCACGGAAUGUGUCAACAUCUUUGUGGUGAAAUCCCGCUGACUCCUCACUUGCUUCUCACAUAAGCCUCGAGCCGGGCCUUCUGGGAUCCUACAGUGUUUAAAGGCAUACAAUAAUGCCUGGGAGGCCCACCUGCCCCAGAUUGGCUCCAACUAUGGCUGCUGCCUCGCCGUAGUGCUGACUGUGCCCACUACAAAGAGAGAUCUCAACGAGGUAGUGCAUCCUUCAGCCCCCCCACCUCCUGCACACUCACUCUGUGCAACUGCCUGCCCCCUUUUUUGUGUUUAGGAAGUACAUGCCACUGUCAACCAGAUGACCUAGUGGACAUUUGUUUCCCCUGUAGCAGUGCUGAACCAUACGAGUGGAUCCUAGUAUUGAACAUGACUCAUGGGGAGGAGCCUGGCCCUGAGACACACAAGGAUUCAGCUGUUCUAACUUAUCUGGAAGGUUUACUGAUGCAUCCAGUGGUGGCCGGGCCUGGGGCCACGGCAAGCGGGAGGUCUGAGGCUGCCCACAGCAACCAAGAGCAGGCUGACAAGGUGGGCGGGCCCUUCCAACUGCCCAGUCAUGGCCCCACAGCUCCCAAGGCUGGAACCAAUGGGCCCACUCUAGGUGCUUCGCAGCACCUAAAGAAGGCCCGCCUGCUGCGCUCUGGGGCCUGGAAUGAUCCAGGGAACCAGCGGAUGAGUUCACCCCCAAUGGAGCUGAAUGGCCAAGGAGGGGGUCUGCAAAACGGGUCCCUGGAAGGAUCUCCUCAUGCCGGGGAGAGCACCCUGUUGGCUUCCCUGCUUCAGUCAUUCAGCUCGCGCCUUCAGAGUGUGGCGAUGUCUCAGCACUCUAAUAAGCCCCCAACUGAGUGUUCCUCUCCAUCCAAGGCGCCAUCCGCAGACAAAGAGCCGCUUCCUGUGUACGGGACAGCCUCGAGCCGCUUGAAGGGCCUGAUGAGGAAGAGCAAGCUUCAGAAUCACAGCAACACGCCCUACAGUCGACGGGGACACAGUCAGGACAGACCCCCAGAAUCGCCUCGGUCAGCACACAGUGCCACGCCGCCCUCCGCUCCUGCGACUGCUGACUCAGUUUCCUGCGCAGAGCGUCUGAAGGCAGUGGCCAACAUGGUGAAAAUCCGUUCUAGUCCAGCACCUUCACCCAAGCCCAGCGUGGCCUGCAGUCAACUGGCCUUGCUGCUGUCCAGCGAAGCCCACCUUCAGCAGUACUCCAGAGAGCACGCGCUCAAAGCCCAGCUCUCAGGAAGAUCUGCCAGCGAAAGACUAGCCGCCAUGGCCAACCAGACACACGGCCUGGACAAAAGGCCGCCUAGCGUGGGAGGGAAUCUGCCCGGAGCCCCAGACACACUAAGCUCCUUAACAACCCAAAACGGAAUGACGACGACAACCACGAUAACGACGACACUCCCUCGAACACCCCUGUCUAGUCCGCAGAGCCCCUCUUUGCUGCAUGGCCACAGCCAAAGCUCCCCACCCACUCCCCCACAUGCUCCAAGCCACACUCACAUCCAACCGCCAAGGGAGAAGCGAGGCUUUGACUCACGCCCGACUCGCCCGCCCCAGACGUGCAGUAGCUUGCUGCUGCUGCUACUCAACAACCACAACAACCAGAAGCAGCUGACCAAGAACGGGCACCUGGAGGACAGCUGCGGUUUAAUGCCACAGAGCGGUUCGUCUUCCGUCACAUCAGACAGCGAGUGCUCCACCCAGGAGAGGAGCCUGACCAAGGACAGCAGCGACGCAGAGAGCUCCUACUCGAGUUGCUCUCCCAUCGACCUCUCCAUGAGAAACAGGGCCAACACACAAGACACAGGGCCCAAACCUACAACCCCUUCUUCCUCUUUCUCCUCUGCCUCCUUCUCCUCCCCUCCCCUCUCUUCUUCCACAACAGUCUUUUCCUCCACCGCAAUUGCGUUCUCUCCUCAAGCUUCUGCUCCACCCUCCACUACAGCCUUUUCACCAUCCUCUACGGUUGUCUCCUCUGUCUCCACUGCUAUUUCUUCAUCGUCCUCCUCCUCCUCUAUCUCUACCUCCUCCCUGGACAAACUAACAGAAUCUUUAAUAAACAAGUGGAAGCCAGAGCCAUCAGGAUCAAAGGUGUCCAAGAACAAAGAGCCUGAAAUGAGUCCAGACCUCAAAUCCCACUCUAAAGUCACACUUAUGCAGCUUCUUCUGGAGCGCAGAAAUAAUGAGAUGGCUAAUAAAAACAUAGGUAACCAAGAAUCACCACUUGAUAUAACUAUGGCCACCAUGUCUCAAGGCCAACCAAAAGGACUAGUGCCCUGGGAAGAGACCAGGACAAAAAGCCCCAUAGAUAGACCAGUAGCAGCUCAGCCCCUCUACCCAGUUAACCAUGACCCUAGUGGUGCACUGUCCCCAUACUCCUACCCCUCCCCUCAUGUCCAGUCCAGCCCUUUGGAUUUGUGUAAGUCUAAAGCCUUCCCUGCUGAGAAGGCUACAGAGUCUGCCUUCAGUGCCAGUAAACUGUUACAGAAUCUGGCUCAGUGUGGCACAGCUUCUUCCUCCCCGCCCAUCCCCCCCACCAAAGGACUGGGCCCGGAGCUCGACACCAGCAGGCCUCUUGCCCUGUUGGAAAGGCUCAACGCUCCGGUCCACAGGACCACCACCACUCCACUUUCCGACGGGCCCUCAGGCAGCGGCACGCCUUUCAGUCGGAAGGAAGCUUCUCCUCCUUCCUCACAGAUUGAAAACCUUCUAGAGAGGCGCACCGUUCUUCAGCUCCUUCUAGGAACGGGCUCGACCGCUGCUACUGCGAGCCACAAAGAUAGGUCCAGUGGGAGUGGCAGGAGGAGUGUGGAGGUGGCAGGGGGGUGCUAUGAAAAGAGCCCUGGCGCCUCCAUCAUCUGUGACAGCUCCAAUGGACCUGCUUUGGAUGUAAAGGUCAAAACGGAGCUCAUGGAGGAGGUGGGGCCGUCCUCAGUGGCGUCUAAGGACUUUAGUGGCAGAAAAAGACCGAGCAGCUAUGAGAAGAGUAGCCCCCUCUCAGAUUCUCAGCAAGACUUAAAAACAGAACCACGGCCUACAGAGGUCAUAGCAAAAUAUGGCCUUCUAAGCCAGCUGCUUAAACAACAGACUGCUACAUACUAUACCAGCUCUGUUGUUCAGUCUGGGUCACAGCCCAGACAGGUGAAAGAGGAACAGAGAGAAUAUCCAAGCCCCAGUCCUAAGAAGAGACGCCUCUGUUCUGAUCGGACUGAUAAUAUGAAUAAUACCAGCUCUCCAAGAGCAUUGGACAGUAGGGACACAAACAUUUUUUCUUCUUCUGCUGUUCAGGAAGAGCCUGAGCAUCAGAGUCUGAAAGAGGAGGAGGCUCCUCCCAGGAGCCCACCCAGUGAAACCCUCACCCGAGAGAGUCGGGGCUUCAAUGUGCUCAAACAGCUGCUGCUCUCUGACAACUGCCUGAAGGAGUUGUCCCAGCAGCCCCGUGGGGCACACAGCCCUUCCGUCCUACAGGCCAAUGGUAAAGCCAACGGCAGCAUUCUCAGUCAGCCUGCCCAUAAUCACAGCUUCCUUCACCUGCCCAGCUGGCACCCUCAUGGUUCCCUCAACUCAGGGCUUCCGAGUAAUCUCAGACCAUUGCCCACCCCCCCUGCGAGUAACAGCCCUAUCGGCACCCACUGGGGCCGUCAUCCAGCUCCGUGGCCAGUGGCCCAAAAACGAGACCCGCCUACUCUAGUCAAACAGGAGCCAGAGAGCCCUGUGCGAUGGAGUAGUCAGGAGAACGAGGAGGAGGAGGGUUGUGACUCAAACCCGGACUCUCCACGGCUGUCACGUUCCAACCCCAUCCUUUAUUACAUGUUGCAGAAGGGCAGCAUUCAGCUGAGGAAGGAGGUGAGGGAUCAGGCAGAGGGAACCCAGUCUGUGGUCAGAGUAAAAGAAGAGCCAAUCAGUGACAUGCAUGCCUAUGAACACAGUCUGAGCUCCACACCGCAGUCACCCCCCCACAAUGACAAGCACAGCCACGAGAGCCAAGGGCUGAGCCAAUCAUCUGAUUAGAAGUUGUAUCAACUACAGAAAAAUACAAAGUGGAAAAGAAUUCAUUGACUCUUUUUUUCUGUUUUGGUUUGUUUUUGUUUUUUUAAUGACUUGCCAAAUUGGUUUGAAGAGACAAAUAACAAAGAAUGCAGAAAUGAAGAAAAAUGAAGUUCAAAUUCAAAUGCAUUGCUUUCUCAAUUUUAAGUAGCUAGUUCAUGGAAUGGUACAACACAGGUCUAUCUUAGCAAAAUGUCCAAUUGACACAGCCAAAAAGAACCUGACACAAACAUCACAAUGUUAACUUCUCCCAAGGGUGAUAAUCAUGCAGCACACAUUUCAUUCUGUCAAUUACAAAGUCCUCCUUUUUACAAUCCGGUCACAUUAUUGUUAUUAUUUGUAUCGGAAUUCUAACAUAUCACUUUUCCACCGUCCUCUUUGUUGUUGGCCAUGAAACAUUCAGAAAGAACAUUUCAAGCCACAUUUAUUAUUGAUGACUCCAAAAAUGUUAGCACUCAGUUCCAGUGGACAUUUAUUUAUUUAUUUUUUUAUAUCCAUCAGAACAUUUUCAGACAGACAGAGUCCCAUCAAUUUUAAAUAAGAUUCAAAAUAAAGUCAUUCUGGGGGAGUUCACGGCGGUCUAUUGCAACAAUAACACACAAUACACUCAUUCAAAAAGGAGGACCUUGAAAACAAUAUUCACACAAUGCAAUAGCUUCAGUCAGGAUUCUUACCAUGAUGAAUACUUUGUCUUGCUUUUCCUCAAGAUUCACGUGUGGUAUAAUGUAAUUACCGGUGGAGUGAGAAUAUAUCAACAGAGGUUUGAAUGGUCACAACUCAUUGUAUUUUUUUUUUUGUUUUUUUUGGGGGGGUUUAUUUGAAUUGAACUUGCAAGGCCAAUAUUCGACAGUGCAAAUUCAGGGUAAUGUGUUUGCAGAUUGUGCAGUUUUGAGCAGAUGGGUCAACAGAGUGUGUGUGGCGCUUACAGUUGAGCAACUGUGUGUAAACAGGUUUCUAGAGCAACAGUUAAAAGGCUGCAGUGUCUGUGAAACUUAUCUCAGCACCCUGGUUAAAGCCGCACCACUUUCCCUCAUGUGCACAAAAGAGUGUGAAGCGCACAGCUUUUUUUUUUCUCUCUCUCUCUCUUUCUCUCUCUCUCUCUUCAUUUCAUAUAAAGGAGCGCCCGGAGUUUGCACUGUCGAAGCUGAGUCCUCUGUGUCCUUUUUCAGAAUAAUUUAAAGGCAUGUAAUAAAAAAUGUCAGUAUUGUUAUCCGUUGAGAAUUUGACAGUUUGUGGUUUUGUUUUCAUCAUUUCUUAACUGUUGUGGUUUAUGGACAUCUUUUUUUUUUUUUUUUUCGUGGCAGUCUCUUCAUAAAAUGUCAAAAGAAUUGCAUGAUAAUAAAGAGAAGACCACAGGUACAUCUUUGUUUUCAAAGCAGCUGGAUAGGUGUACCUGCCCCCCAAUAAUCACCAAGACCUUUUGGUGUCUUGAGGGAUAUCUGCUAUCUAGCUCCUUCUUUUAAAUUUCAACACACUGCUUUAUCCAUUUAGUCUUGUGAUCUUUUUAAUACAUAUACCUAUGAAGUACGUCUCUUCGAUUAUUAAUACAUUUUCACAAUGGUUAAAUAUAUUUGUGUAAAUAGUACUUUCAGUAUGAAAGAUGACUAUUUUGUAAUGUUUAAGAAAAGAUAUUACCCUAGUUUUUAAUGCCCUGAUAUGUAAAUAUGAAUUAUAUGCGUACAAGUGUACAUACAAAGGCAGAGGAUGCUAUGCCCAUCUUUUUUUGGUUGGUUUGUUCUUUGCAUGUGUCUCUAUGUGGUAAAUGAUAAUCUAUCCUGCGCUGUGUUGUGUAAUAAUGUCUGACUCUCCUCACUGCUGCCUGUUGCAUGCAGACGCAUGGGAACUACCUGUGUAUCCCUACUGGUGAUGGGGGAAAAUGUCAAGUCUUAAAAUAGGUCUUUUUUUAUCACAGAGAGAGGUCCGUUUAGAAUAUGAACAGUCCUUAAAUAACCACAGACUGUCGAGCAAGUUGAUGAAAAUGUGUGAAAAAUAAACGUGCAUUGAAUAUUUUUGUGAUUUUUUUUUUCUUUUUCUGUUACUGGUUAACAAGGCUCUGUGAAAGAGCUCGGGGCUAUAGUGGGGGAUUGACGUACAAUCAUAGAUCUGCAUUGUGCAUCUAAAUACAUUUGUAGCAGCAAAUAUUCAAAAAAAAAAGAAGAUGUUUCAUUUUUUCAUGUGAAGACCUGAAACAUAAUUUCAUUUUUUAUGUUUUCAUUUUUUGGUGUUCAUUUGCACUGAUAUCUCAAAAAUAAAGUACUAAAAUGCAUGACCUAGUA